AUGGAUGGUGACAAAGAGCUUUCAAGACCUGAACUGGUUCAAAAGUUAUGGAAAUAUAUCAAGACCAAUGAUUUGCAAGAUCCAGCUGAUAGAAGAUAUAUCCUUUGUGAUGAUAAGCUUAAAAAGAUUUUCGACCAGGAUCGCGUCAACAGCUUUGGUAUGAACAAGGAUUUAUCAGCCCAUUUGACAAAAAAGGAAGAGCCCUUGAUCAAAGAAGAGCAAGGAGAGAUAGAAACAACACCGAUAAAAGAAGACCAAGAAGAAAGACAAAAAAAAGAAGAGAAAGAGGUUGUAACCACUGCUAUUGGGGAUAUCAAUUCAGUAGCAAAGCAAGAAUCUACAGAUGCAAAAGAAGAUGGGUUUCUUUUAGAUUUGUAA